AUGGCUCUAGAACUCAGGGCUUUAUGUCUAAGCAGAAACACUACAAUAGAGAUGAUAAAGGACAGGGGAUACACAACGACACAAGAGGUGCAGACCCUCGACGAGUUCCAUGAAAAGUAUCCCUUUGCCCUUACAAAGAGAUCGACAUUGAACUUUGUCUGUGUAGAUACGAACAGACCUGUUGCUAUACACUUUGGAGAGGACGAGAAGAUGGGCAAGAAAGUAUUUGAAGGGCUUCUGACGCAGUAUGAAAAGGACAACAUAUUCCAUCUGAUUCUGAUUCUUCCGCUUGCACCCAGUCCUACAGUUAUGUCGAUGAUAUCUCUGAACCCAAAGUUUUGCAUCGAGAUCUUCCUUGUUGAGGAGAUGAUAUUUAACAAGACAAAGCAUUCAUGGGUUCCUCCACAUAGAAUCCUGUCUCGAGAGGAGAAGGAGAAGGUUUUCAAUACUCUGAAGCUUGGGCCGGGAGAUCUCCCCAGGAUUCUGAAAAGCGAUGCGAUUGCUAGAUACUACGGGGCAAGGCAAGGAGAUGUUGUGGAGAUAGUUAGAAAGUCGAAGACCGCUGGGGAAUCCAUUUAUUACAGGAUUGUGGUGGAAAAAUAA